AUGUGUAAGGAUGCUGGGCUGCCUGAAAAUGUUGUUGACCUAGUGACUGCCUACUGCUCACAGGCACAGCAGCUGCUGGCACACCGGAGACCACAGAAAUCCUUCUUUGAGACACUCAUCAGGAGCCUGAUCAUCCUGUGCGUGGCGAUAGCCGUGGUCUUGUCGUCCAUCUCCAUCUGCGAUGGCCGCUGGCUCUUUGCGAGGGGACAGCUCUUUGGACUGUGGCACUUCUGCACCGUUAGCAAUGACAGCGUCCUGAAGUGUGUCACAGACCUCAGCCUGGCCCAGGUGGAGGGGCUGAGCGUGGGGGUGAUUCCCAUCAGGAGCAUGGUGUCCUUUGCUGUUGUGGUUGCCAUUUUUGGGCUGGAGCUGCUGAUGGUGUCCCAAGUCUGCGAUGAUGCCAAUGCCCGGCGGAAAUGGGCAAUGGGUUCUGUUCUCAUCCUCAUCUCUUUUUUGCUGUCAGCCACUGGUGUUCUGAGCUUUUCCAUCCUGGUGAAGGAUCACCUCACCUUCACAGGCUUCACGCUGACAUACUGGUGUGAGUUCAUUGCUGCCUUUCUCUUCUUCCUUAAUGGAAUCAGCGGACUUCACAUCAACAGCCUCACACACCUCAGGAAAGGGGUAGGCAAAAUCUAGGCACAAAAGAUGUACCUCUGCCUUUGUGUAAUCAGCUUUGCCAAUUAGACUGGAAAAAAGAGAGUCUAAUGAAGUUUGAAAAGGAUGCCCUGUCUUAAUUUGUGUGCAAGGAGGGGAAGCAUGAGUCAGUCUUGAUGCCUGUAGAAGACAGAACCACCCACUGGUCAGCAUGGAGGGCUGUGCAACACCAGCCAAGCAGAGACUGGACUGACUGCAGCUGCAGUAUGGUUUUCUGGAUGAGUGGAUUAAAGUAGAAGGUGUCCUGUUAAACAUGCAGAGAUUUGGAAGACUUCAAUCUAUCCCACAUGUUGACCUGAGGCUUGCACAACACCUGUACUGCUGUGGGUUUGGUGUUGCUGUGCUUUUCCCCAUAUUCACAUACCUAUGAAGAGUGUGAUACAA